AUGAGCUUGGUGCCCAACUCCAACAUCUCUGCCUUUUCUAGCUCCAACUCCAGCACAAGUGGAACUGGAAGCACUGGAAGUGGAGGUAAUUUGGGCACAGUAUGGAUAACCCCUCUUCUUGGAGCCACACUUCUCACCAUGUGCAUCCUUGGCAUGGCAGGCAACAUCUACACUCUGGGUGUGAUGCGCUCUGCGGUCCUUCGACGCUCUGGCUCUAUGUACGUUUUCAUCAUCAAUCUGGCGGCAGCUGACCUGCUCUACCUGGGCACCAUACCAUUCGUAGUAUGCACCUACUUCGUCCAUGACUGGUUUUUCGGCGAGACGGGCUGCCGUGUUUUGCUUAGCCUUGACUUGCUUACCAUGCAUGCCAGCGUAUUUGCUUUAGUAGCCAUGAGCCUAGAACGCUACCGAGCUGUGGCCAUGCCAUUCCACGCACGCAGAUCUGCCAAAGACUCUGCAAGACGACACUGGCUGGCAGCUCUGGGCAUCUGGGGUGCAGCAUUGAUACUGACGAUGCCGAUGAUGGUCAUGAUCCGGUUGCGUGAGGGCCGUCCGGGAGCCUCUGGCCUCGUUAAGCGCAUCUGCUUCCCAACAUGGACCCCUGAGGCAUUCAAAGCCUACCUUACAGUUCUCUUCUUUACCAGCAUGUUAGUGCCAGGAUUGAUAAUGGUGGUGCUUUAUAUAGGACUGGCACAACGGUACUGGACAGCACAAUCCAACCUAGCCAGUGGAGGAGCAAGGAGCAGAGUAAGCAUUCGUAUUUCUAAUUCUUCUACCCCGUCUAGACGGAAAAGACUCAAGCACAAGGUGGUAUGCAUGAUCUUCAGUAUUGUAGUGGCGUACUGGGUGUGCUUCCUGCCCUUCUGGGGGUGGCAGAUGGCUAAGCUGUUUUCACCUGAAUCUAUGCGCUCGCUGACACCCGCCGCACACACCUAUGUCAACUUUUUUGUCACGUGCCUCACUUACGGCAACAGCUGUGUGAACCCUUUGCUUUACACACUACUUACUCGGAACUACAAGGACUACCUGGUGCAAAGGUCUCAGACCUCUGCCUCCAGUCGAAUUGACCUGGGCUCAGGGUCAGGGGUAAAUGCUGUACAGGAUCUGUAA